UGUGAUCGUCGUUUCGCCCAGUCUUCGAUCAGAAAACGACCGGAUAGCUGUUGAGAAAAGGGAAUUUUCUUUUGCUAUUAUCUGACAUCAGAAGUCAUGUACAACCAUACGGGCAGCGUGCUGCUGCAGACGGCGAUGCUCCUCGCCGUCACCAACGCCUCGACGGGUACGACGAACCGUUGGACGAACACGAUAAGCCUGGCAGAUCAAGGGAAAUAUAUGAAAGACGUCUGCUACGACGGUGUCGGCUGUUUUUCCGUCAACGCCCCCUGGGUCACAGAAACGAGGCCCGUGUCCAAUUUUCCCCAUUCGCCGGAACAAAUCGACCCGGAUUUCUGCCUGUACACGCGCAAGGAAAGGGACACGUGCCACCGCCUCUUCUACGACAAGCCGUCCACAUUCGCCAACAGCACCAUGAUCCGUGCUGGGCGGACGUUCCUCAUUUCCCACGGUUUCCUGGAACACGGUGGUCAAAAAUGGAUCAAACUGCUGAAACGGCGCCUAUUAAAUGUUUCCGACUCGAACGUCAUCGUCGUCGGGUGGCAGGGUGGGUCCAACCCGCCGUACACGCAGGCUGUCGCGGAUACGAGGGUGGUCGGGACCAUGGCCGCCUUAUUGCUCAACGCCUUACAUAAAGAAAUGGGCAUUAGGCCUGAAGAGUGUCACGCCAUCGGUCAUUCCUUGGGUGCCCAUCUGAACGGAUACAUCGGCCACGUGUUGAAAAGCCGAUUCGGUCUCACCCUCGGACGGAUAUCAGCUUUGGACCCUGCAAAGCCGCACUUCUCAAAAACUGACCCAGUCGUCCGUCUUGACCCAACUGACGCUCUUUUCGUGGACGUCAUCCAUACAGACAACACACCGUUCAUCCAGGGUGGGCUUGGACUUGACGAGCCGAUCGGCCACCUCGACUUCUACCCGAACGGAGGCCUGGACCAGCCUGGGUGCAACAAAUCCGUCGGCAACUACAUGGAAAUGGACUGGACGUUCAUCAAAGCGUUUCGCAGGGUGAUCGGCUGCAACCACGUCCGCAGUUACGAAUACUUCAUCGAGAGCUUAUAUGACCGGUGCGACUUCCUAGCCGUCGAGUGUGAGUCCUAUUCGAAAUUCCUCAAAGGGGAGUGCUUCAACUGUAAGAGCGCUUUGAAACCGGACAGACCGGAAUGCGCCAGGAUGGGCUUCUUCGCCUCGGAAAACCCGCCGAUCGGCCGGUCUCAGGUCAAGCUGUACACGAUCACCGGAGCAAAAAAGCCAUAUUGCAGAGCGCUGUACAAGCUGACCUUUAGGAUAUCCUCGUCGGAAGAGAGCCGAAUUCACAAGGGCGAGGUCGGCUACUUCAAAAUCAAAAUCGUCGGAGUCCAAGGGGAAACGGAGAGCAUCACUUUUCUCAAGGAGAUGACUCAUAAACCGGGUGAUGUCCAUACCCAGGCGGUCGCCGCGUCGCAAGUCGGCCGGGUCAAAUCGGCCAAGGUGACGUUCAUCCACUCAACCACGCUCUUUUUGUUCACCUGGAGGGUCAGCGUGUCCACAAUACACCUUGAGAGCGUCACUGUCGAAAACCUAACAGAGUCUUCAGGGAUUCGCCUAUGCCCUGUCGGAGGGGAGCUGCUGCUUGAAGGCAAACAGGUGGACAUGCAACCGUGCGGCAAGCCGAUCAUGAUGGAAGACAACUCAUGAAUGUCUCCUACCGUCUAUUUAUUAUAUUUGUACUUUAUAUAUAUAAAAAUAUAAGAAUAAAACCACAUUAAAUGGUU